AUGAGGAUCUUUGGUCGACUGGACCCGGGGCCUCUUGUGGAGAAAACACCAGAAUAUCGUUUUAACAUGACGCAGUGCCGGUCACAUGUCCCUACUUUGAGUCCUCAAGUUCUGCUCCUCAUGUUGGCAAACACGCUGAACCGGCCAGGAAAUUCGCUACUUUGCGUUACAACCGCCACAGCUGUUCGUGUACCAGGCACACAGACAAAUGGUCCUGUGGAGACAAGCGUAAAGCGGCGUCUCAGACCUUCUACAAUUCAUUCGAGGCCGCGUGGCGCGCUAGGCUUGAAAAGGCGCGAAGUGACAGGCCAGAAGGCUUGUCGGGCCACGGGUUCAGGCAGUGUUGCCUCCCGCCUCCGACACAAGAAUCCCGAGCAAAAGGGAAGGCGAGUGGGAGACCGAGAGGUAUACAUACCAAAGCGGAGUGUGUGUGUGUGUGUGUGGAAUCUUCUCGGACAAAGCGAUAUGAAAUGA